CGGCUCCUCCCCUCUCCCUGCGGCCUCUCUGAGGUGGGCCCCGCGCUCCUGGCCUCCCGCAGAAUGUGGGUGACGCCCAAGAGGAGCAAGAUGGAGGUCGACGAGGCUCUGGUGUUCCGGCCCGAGUGGACCCAGCGCUACCUGGUGGUGGAGCCGCCGGAGGGCGACGGCGCCCUGUGCCUGGUGUGCCGCCGCCUGGUCGCGUCCACCCGCGAGCGCGACGUGAGGCGCCACUACGAGGCCGAGCACGAAUACUACGAGCGGUACGCGGCGGAGGGCGAGCGCGCGGCCCUGGUGGAGCGGCUGCGGCAGGGCGAGGUGCCCGGCGCCGGGCCGCUCACGCCGGAGGAGCGAGCGGCGCGCGCGGGCCUCGGGCUCUGCCGCCUGCUGGCCCUGAAAGGCCGCGGCUGGGCGGAGGGCGACUUCGUCUACCAGUGCAUGGAGGUGUUUCUGAGGGAGGUGCUGCCCGAGCACGUAGGCGUCCUGGAGGGCAUCGACCUGUCUCCCGAGGUCGCCAGGCAGAGGAUCCUGAACAUCGACAAGAACCUGCGCGCGCAGCUCUUCCACCGGGCCCGGGACUUCAAAGCCUACUCGCUUGCCUUGGACGACCAGGCCUUCGUGGCCUACGAGAACUACCUCCUGGUCUUCAUCCGCGGCGUCGGCCCGGACCUGGAGGUGCAGGAAGACCUCCUGACCAUGAUCAACCUGACUCAUCACUUCAGCGUCGGCGCGCUCAUGUCGGCCAUCCUGGAGGCCCUGCAGACGGCGGGGCUGAGCCUGCAGCGCAUGGUCGGGCUGACCACGACCCACACUUUGAGGAUGAUCGGGGAGAACUCGGGGUUGGUGUCCUACAUGCGAGAGAAGGCGGUGAGCCCCAACUGUUGGAAUGUUAUCCAUUAUUCAGGGUUUCUUCACCUGGAACUCUUGACUUCCUACGAUGUGGACGUCAACCAGAUCAUAAAUACUAUCUCCGAGUGGAUAGUUUUGAUCAAGACCAGAGGUGUUAGGCGACCCGAGUUUCAGCCUUUACUAACUCAGUCCGAAUCAGAGCAUGGGGAAAGGGUGAAUGGACGUUGUCUGAACAAUUGGCUUAGAAGAGGGAAGACGUUAAAAGUGAUAUUCUCGCUAAGAAAAGAAAUAGAAGCAUUCUUGGUUUCAGUCGGGGCAACCACAGUCCAUUUCUCAGACAAGCAGUGGCUUUGUGACUUUGGUUUUUUGGUGGAUAUAAUGGACCACCUUCGCGAACUCAGUGAAGAAUUGCAGAUUACUAAGGUCUUUGCUGCUGCUGCCUUUGACCAUAUCUGUGCUUUUGAAGUUAAGCUGAAUUUAUUUCAAAGACAUAUUGAGGAAAGAAAUCUCACACAUUUUCCUGCCUUCAGAGAACUUGUUGAUGAGCUUAAACAGCAGUUUAAGGAAGAUCAAAAAAUAUUUGAUCCUGAUAGGUAUCAGAUGGUAAUAUGUCGGCUACAAAAAGAAUUUGAGAGACAUUUUAAGGAUCUCAAGUUCAUUAAAAAGGACUUAGAACUUUUUGCAAAUCCAUUUAACUUUAAGCCUGAAUAUGCACCAAUUUCAGUAAGGGUGGAGCUAACAAAACUUCAGGCAAACACUAGCCUUUGGAAUGACUACAGAAUCAAAGACUUGGGCCAGUUCUAUGCUGGGUUGUCUGCUGAAUCUUACCCAAUUAUCAAAGGAGUUGCCUAUAAGGUGGCAUCUUUGUUUGAUAGUAACCAAAUCUGCGAGAAGGCUUUUUCCUAUUUGACUCAAAACCAACACACUUUGAGCCAACCCUUGACAGAUGAGCAUCUGCAAGCCCUGUUUCGGGUUGCCACAACUGAAAUGGAGCCCCAUUGGGAUGAUCUUGUGAGAGGAAGAAAUGAAUCUAAUCAAUAAGCUUUUGUAGUACAACUUUGAAAAGCUCAACAAGAAUUCAAUUCUAAACGCAAAGAGUUUUUUUUUGUUUGUUUGUUUGUUUGUUUUUUUUAAUUUUACUAAUUGGGAUUAUGGGAAAGCACCAAGUUUAUUGCCAGCUGUCCAGAUGGGUCUCAAUUCAAAUACUCUGAAAGUUGCCUUUUUUUUUUUUUUUUCAUCUCAAUUGGCAGCAUGGGACUAAAACCUGAGAAUACCACCUUUUUAAUGACAAAAUCGUUGCCUUUUACUUUUAUGAUAUAUUUGAUUUUAAAGAAGUUUAGUAUUGAUAAUGUUGAGUUGAAUUAAGUUUGUUUUUGAGGUGUCCUGAAGAUAUAUGCCAAAAAUUUUAGCUCUUAUUUUAAUGAAGUAUUAAAUUUCUAAGACCCAUAGUCUGAACUUGUCAGCUCCUUAAGUGUGUGUUUGAAACAGUUUGCAGAAACUGACAUAACAAGUGUGUAAGUUUCUGAAAUGAAAGAAGGUACAUACAGUGGAGGUAUUUUGUCUAACAAAAUGUUUGAGACUAUUUUUUUAAAACGUAUUUCUGAGUCUGAAAUAAAUAUUGACAGAUUUCCUCCCUCUUGUUUACCCCCCUACCCACUCCAAAGAUACUGAUAUUACCAGUAGAGGGAGCAUUCAAAUAAAACUGUAGUUAGAGAAGCAAGAAUUAUUUUUUAAGUUGCUGAUUUAGGAGAUUUCCUGCAAUUUGGAUUUAAGAGGAACCAGAUACUGGGUAUUUCCCCUGUUUCACAACUGGGGGCUGUUUUGUCAGCUUGCCUAUAAAAGGACUACGGUAAGUAUAGAAUCUUAACCGUUGUCUUUUUUUUUUUUUUUUUCCUACUCUAGACAGCAGUGACCCUGUCAAAAAGGGUGAGGAAAAAAAAUUUUUGCACUCCAGGAUCAGGAUACUUUAGCUUACUUGUCCUAGCUGCAUGGGUGUUACUGCUUUAUAAAGAAAUCCUGCUUAAAGGAAGAACUUUAUUUCAAAGUGAUAUAGUUGUGUUAGCUGCUGGAAGUGGAUUUAUUCUAGAGUGUGAAACUGUUCUACACAUUCUGUAUUUAAGACAGUGCACAAGUAGAAAUAUUUUAUUCUCAAGAAGCAGCUGUGUGCACAGAUUGUAGUAAUUGCAUAUUUCUAGUAAGAUAUCUGUUUUGUGCUAAAACAAGUUUCAAACUGGUGUUAACUUGAAAAAAAAAAAAAAGAUAAUCUUGCAGUAAAGUCUAGUAUCCAAAACUGAUUUUAACACAGGACUCAAAUUGUAGAUUCUCCCACAAGUAUAAUGUGAAAACUAUUGUGCUAAAGUCCUGUCUUAAUUAUUGCAACACAUUCUAGCUGGCAAAUUGAAUGAACGCAGAUACAACCAAGAAUUUAGAAGAAGCUGGUACCUGAGCAACCAUAAUAGAUAUGUAAGAGACUAAGAACCAAAGUUGUGUCAGUGGUUGUCAACCAGGGCCAGUAAACCCUCCUUCCAGAGGAUGCUGGGAAAUGUAGGGGCACUUUUUUGGUUGUCAUAUUUCCCUGGGGGUUCUGCUAGUAUUAUAAGCCUGAAGGCCCACAUCCCCUGCAGUGUAUAUGAUAGCCUGUCAACAGGGAACAACUUAACCCUUCUAAAGUGUCAGUUGACCCCAAUGUAGAUUAACAUAUUUCUAGGGACAGGGCAAAUUACCGGUAGAAUAAAAUUAGAAGGACAAGUUGGGCAAACUGGCUUGAUAGGGGAGUCUAAUUCCAAAUUCCAAGUCUGGCUGGUAAGGUGCAAUGAAAGCUGGUAGGUUCUAGUACCUCACAAUACCACAUACAAAUCAGUAAUUAGUAUUGGAUUAAAGGACUGUAUUCUGUUGUACAUAUUUAGUUUGGGACAGAAAAACAAGUUAAUAUAUUGAUGAGAUACCUAUCAAGAAUGAUCAGGUUCAGAUUUAAAACAGGGAGAAUCUACCGGUAGUUUCCCAAUAGCUUUGAGUAUUCUCUUUCAUACAAAUGCUUUGUUACUUGAAAGAUUGGAAGACCUGAGAGCUGUUUUGCUUUCCAACCCCAGUUCUUAAAAGUGAAAUGUACAUUUUGUGAUGUUCUAGUAUGUUUUGCUUACAGUGAUAAUAAAAUUAGUUUGCAACAUAGUUUCCAACCCUGAGUUAAAGGGGGAUAGAAGCCAAGAAUUUUAAAUUGACCCUCAGCAAUAGAGAAUUUGCUAUACACUAGUCUUGUUUGUGGGGAAAAAAAAAAAAGUAUUUUACUGUUUUCUGUAUAAAUAUUUCUGUAACUGCAUGGCAGUCUUUAAUUUUUCCUUUGGUAUAAAUAAUGGUUGUUACUGGUCUGUUUUAUCAGUGAGUAUAGUUAAAAUAAGUGCUAUUUUUUUAAAAAGAAAACUCUGUUCUUAGCAGUUACUUCCCUGUUUCUCCUGUUCCUACUAGUUUUCUUGAAAUAUUUGUAUUUCCAGUCUCUCGUAUUGCCACCUAAACUGUUCCACCAGGCUCACGAAGUCCUUGUCAGUAUUACUGUAGCUUUGAGGAAGUAACCAUCUACAGUUAUACUUUUUUUUUUUUUUUUUUUUUUUAUCUUUACAGGUUCCUCUUCCCUUAAAUAUUUGUUCUUAGGUUUUUGUUUGUUGGUUUGUUUGAGGCUGCUUUAUGUUAUCUCCCUAAGUGAUCCCAUUUCCUUUCAUGGCUUCAGUUACCACCUACAUGAAAAAUGACCCCUGAAUUCCUAUCUCCUUUACAUAUCUUUUCUACUUAAUAAGCUGGUUAUUAACAAGUCCAUUUUGCUGUGUCACAGGCACCACAACAUACCAUUGUUCUUGCCACCAAACUUGUUGUUGCUCCUCUCCUGCUUGCUAUUUGAAUAGAUGAUACUACUACCAGCCAUUCAGUGAGCCUUGCCCAGCCCAAAAACUGAGUUACCCACGACUUCCCGAUUUUGCAGUGCACUAUGCUGUUUCAGGCUAUCAACCUACCUAAAUUAUAGCAACAGUCUCGUUAUUAGUCUCUGAUAUUUAUUCCUUUCUGCACUGUAGCCAGAUUGUUCCAAAAAACCUAUCUGGUCAUUGCACUCUACUGCAUUCAGCAUUGCUUUUAGGAUAAAAGACAGAUUUCUGUGAAUCUUUCAGGUCUAAGUUUAUAUGCCACUUCAUCAAGGAACCUCUCAUUUAUGCCCUCUUGUAGACUCAUCUAGUAGAUUAGGUACCCUUACCACAUACUUAGCACACUUACUGCUUAUUGAUCACUGCUAGGCUGUAAUCUUUAUAAGGACAGGGACCACAUAAGCCUUGCUCACUAUUAUAUCUAGUGCUUAGCGCAGUGCCUGGCAUUUCAGUAAAUACUUGAAUUCAAGUGUGUAGUAUUUUAUGAUCUUUGAAAUUCAUAAUCUCGUUUGACUUGCAUAGUCAUCCUUCCUUAGACUGUUCAUUGGGUGAUUGUUAUCCACAUAUUACAAAUUAAGAAGUGAAGCUAAGUUCUUUGUGAGUAGGGAACUUAUGUUGUAUUCCCAGAAUUUAGUGUGGUGCUUGGCAUGUGACUCAAAUCCUUAUUAUGUCAGUGUUAAGGAAAUAAACAGAUUGCAGUUUUCCCUAGGAAACAUUAGUAAAGUCAGGAUUCAAUCCCAGGUAUACUCAUGUAAGUCUACUGUGUAAUAUUAAAUUUGUGCACCUAUGAUACAGUGUCUUUUUUAAAUUUCCAAAUGCAGAAUUCCAAGGGAACUUAGAUAUAGAGAAAAGAGAUAAGAAAACUAGUGAACUAAGACAGUACUUCAGUAAUUAAAAAGUUACAUUCAAUAUUAGAAAAAAAUAGUGCUUAAGAGUUAAUAUCCAUUUUUCAUUUUUGUAGGCAUCAACUCUAGAAGAAAACGGCAUGCUAUUUACUUGCUACUUUCUUUACAGGUGGUUUCUGGCUCUUCUGGGAUUUAAAAGUAAGUAAAUUUAAUAAAAUAUUAGAAUGACUUAGCCCUUCUGAUCACUAGAUAUUCAUUUCACUUGCUUUCCUACCUACAGAAUAUCUUCAUCACUUCCUCAAGUGGAAUAAUCUAAAAGUGAUGUCUAGUUAAUGUGUACUUUUAAGGUUUGCUCUGUCUUUUUGCUUUCUUGUUCUCAUGCCUCUGUGAACUUCAUUUCUAGAUAACCAGAGCUUUCCAGGCUCUUUGGAGAGCCGUAUCCUUAAUCUCUUUUUUCCCCUUAAGCCAUUUUGUUCAAUUUUAGGGAUCAAAUAGUAUUACACUCUUAGUUGGACUUAGUCGAGGGACACGUGAACUCAUUCAGAUGUCCUCAUAGUAGGUAUGAUAGUCAUCAGUGGUUUGAUCUUUGCUGCAAAACCAAGUUUAAUCAACCUUUGAGUUAAAGGGUUUCUCAUUUUUACCUUUUUGUAAUCGAGAAAUUGUCUCAUCUUACCAAGUACUUGAGUUUGUGAAUUUUCUACCCCUUUUCACUUCUGCCCGCAAACUGACAGUUCUUUUCUGAAUUCAUCUCUUUGCUGUACAUUUUGUCAAAUGCAGCAGUAGCAACCACAAGAUAUUUUGUUUUCCUGUCUUUUUCUUUAGCAAAGUGUAGAUUAUUUGUCUUACAGUUAAUCUCAAGGGACAGUUUCACCUCUCCAAAAUGUGAAUUUCCUCUAAAUUUUUUCCAUCUUCCAGUAGCAAUUUCCUGAGUAUCUGUUGGCUAACCCACUAAGCUGAAUUCAAGUAUUUUAGUUUUAAGGUUUUUAAUAGCCAGUUUCUGUGUCCAGAUGGGCCAGUUUACAUGGGAUAUCAGUUGCAAAAUCUCAGUGUCAUACACCCUUGUCUGUUGAGAUUUAGCCAGGGACUUCUUUCCUUCAUGUGGACAGACAGGGGUGGACAAACUUCAGCUCACAGGCAAAAUACGUCCUGCUGCUUGUUUCUUUAAGUAUUAUUGGAAUACAGCCUUGUCCGUUUAUAUAUGUCUGUGGCUGGUUUCAUUUUACAAUGGUAGAGUUGAGUAGUUGUGACAGAAUGUAUGCCCCACAAAGCCUGAAGUAAUUAUUAUGUGACCCUUCAUGGAAAAAUUUCGCUAAUCAUUGCUUUUAAGUUCUCAUUUUCUGGGACCCAGGUUGAUAAAGCAUGUGCCAUUUGGGGUGUGGCUUUUCACUUUGGGAAAUGAAAAAAGAAGUUUGGCUAGUAAUUUAUAGGUCCUUUAAAGCACAUGGUCACACUGAAGUUCAAGGAGUUUCAUCCUUCCGUAUACCUGGGAAGAAAACCAGAAAUACUUGGAAAACAAUACUACUGGUUAACAUGUCUCUAUAUCUCUCCAGUUAGAGAAUUUUUUGAAUGUGUUUUUUUCUUUUCAUUGAAGUAAAACUUAAAAAUGUAUAAAUAAUAAGUGUACACCUUAGUGGAUUUUUAUAUACACCCUUUAUGCCCCUCUCACACAUAACUACUAUUCUGACCUUUAUCACCAUGGAUUAGUUUUAAAGCUUUAUGUAAGUAGAAUAAUUAUGCACUUUGUGUGUCUUUUGUUCAAUAUGUCAGUGAGAGUAAUCAACGUUGUAUGUAGCUGCAGUUCAUUUUUAACAUUUGUGUAGUAUUCCAUUAUAUGACUGUAUCACAACUUAUCCAUUCUGUUGGUAGAAAUUUGGGUUAUUUCUAGUUUGUGGUCAUUAAAUAAAGUUGAUAUGAAAAUUUU